GGAGCAUUGAGACUGGCUUUGGUCAAUGCUGUGCUGCGCGCUUGUGGCUUAAAAUUGCAAGGUCGACUGCUUCCAGACACGCAUCUAUACCAAGGAAUCGCUUGCAGUUCAAAGCGAUCAAUCGCUGCGGCAGCAGACACGCCAGACACGACUGCACAGUAGCUGCAGCGAGCUCACCCGCGCGUAGACGUGCACACAAGACACCAUGGUUCGGCGGAGGAGCAGUGCGCUCUUGAGCGCACUCCUCGCGACGACCGCCGCGCGGCUCACGCCGCGCGGCCUGCGCACCGCGGCGCCCGUGCGACGCCUCCGCGGCGGCGCGUCGGAGGAGCCGAUCGAGGGCCCCUGCAUCGGCAUCGACCUGGGCACGACGUACAGUUGCGUCGGCGUCUGGCGCAACGGCCGCGUCGAGAUCUGCGCGAACGACCAGGGGAACCGCAUCACGCCGUCCUACGUCGCCUUCUGCGAAGACGGUUCGCGGUUGGUCGGCGACGCCGCCAAAAACCAGGCGGCCCAGAACCCGACGAACACGAUCUACGACGCCAAGCGACUCAUUGGAAGAAAGUUCGCCGACGAGUCCGUCAAGGAGGACGCGUCCCAUUUUAGUUUUGCUAUAAAAGAUGCCAAGGGCAAGCCGCAGAUCGAGGCCGAAGUGAAAGGCGCCAAGAAGCAGUUCUCGCCCGAGGAAAUCUCCGCGAUGAUCCUCACGAAGAUGAAGGAGACCGCGGAAGCGUACUUAGGAAGGGAGGUGAAGCACGCCGUGGUUACCGUUCCUGCUUAUUUCAACGAUGCCCAAAGACAAGCUACCAAGGAUGCGGGCACGAUCGCCGGCCUCAAAGUUGCGCGCGUUAUUAACGAGCCGACAGCGGCCGCUAUUGCUUACGGAUUAGAUAAGGUCGGCGACGGCGGCAAGGAGGAGAACGUCCUCGUGUUUGACUUGGGAGGUGGUACCUUCGACGUCACGUUAUUAACCAUAGACAACGGCGUGUUUGAAGUGAGGGCCACUUCCGGAGACACGCAUCUCGGUGGCGAGGACUUUGACCAGCGGCUCAUGGCGCACUGCGUCGAAUCCUUCAAGCGCAAGCACAAGGGCAUGGACGUGAGCGACGACCCCAAAGCCUUGCAGCGCAUCCGGAAGCAGUGCGAGCUCGCGAAACGGGCGUUGUCUUCUGCGACCCAAACUACCGUGGACGUCGACGCCGUGCACCAGGGGAUUGAUCUGUCCAUACCUAUCUCGCGCGCGAAGUUCGAGGAGCUGUGCUCCGACUUGUUCAAACGUACCUUGAAACCGGUAGCUAGGGUGCUGAAGGAUGCCGGCCUCAAGAAAGCAGACGUGGACCAGGUGGUGUUGGUCGGUGGGUCUACGCGGGUCCCGAAGGUCCAAAGUCUACUGCGGGACUUCUUCGACGGGAAGGAACUCAACCAACGCAUCAAUCCGGACGAGGCCGUGGCGUAUGGUGCGGCCGUGCAGGCUGGCAUUCUGUCUGGUGCCACUGGCGAUGCGACCAAGGACGUGUUGUUACUAGAUGUAGCGCCUCUGUCCCUGGGCAUCGAGACCGCUGGUGGAGUGAUGACCAAACUUAUCGAGCGCGGUACGACCAUACCAGCAAAAAAAACACAAGUUUUCAGCACGUACGCCGACAACCAGCCGGGCGUGCUCAUCCAGGUUUUCGAGGGCGAGCGCUCCAUGACGAAGGACUGCCGGUCACUCGGGAAAUUCGAAUUGACGGGCAUUCCACCGGCGCCGCGAGGUGUCCCGCAGAUCGAGGUCGCGUUCGACGUCGACGCCAAUGGUAUUUUAUCUGUCUCCGCUCGGGACACGGCGUCGGGCGCCUCAAAAGACAUCACGAUCACUGCGGAGAAAGGGAGAUUGUCCGAGGACGAGAUCGAAAGGAUGGUGCGGGAAGCCGAGGAGUUCGCCGAGGGGGACAAGCAACUGCGAGAAAACGUCGAGGCCCGCAACCAGUUCGAGGCCUACGCGUACCAGCUGCGGGGCUCGUUGGACGGGUUGACGCUCGACGGCGACGACAGAGCCGCGCUCGAUAAAGCGCUCGACGCGGCGACGGCGUGGCUCGACGACCACGCGUCGCCCGCGCCGCCGAAGGAUGAGAGCGACGCGCAGCGGAAGGCGCUCGAGGAGGUGGCAAACCCGAUCUUGCAGAAGGCGUACCAGUCAUCGCAAUCGGAGGGGACGGGCGGCGGCGACACGGCACCGCCCGACGACGAUUUAGAUGAUUUCGACGACGACGAUCUCUAGUAGUACUAAGGGCUGUUUUAGAA